AUGGACAUCCCGUUUUUUGAUGGAAAAUUACACAUAGAGGAUUUUAUGGAUUGGGAACGUGCAGUGGAGACGUUCUUUGAAUACAUGGAUGUUCCUCGGGAUAAGCAGGUGAAAUACGUUGCUUGUCGAUUACAUGGUGGUGCGAGCGCGUGGUGGCAACAAUUGUUGCAUACUCGGCACCGAGAGGGAAGAGGCAGCGUCCGGAGUUGGGCCAGGAUGAAGCAACUCUUGCAGAGCCAUUAUCUCCCUACGGAUUAUGACCAAAUCCUUUACAUGAAGUUUCAGCAAUGCACACAAGGGCAGAGGAGUGUGAGCGAUUACACGGAGGAGUUUUACCGCCUUAGCGCCCGUAACAACCUGAACGAGUCGGCAAAUCAAAUUGUAGCUCGCUAUGUUGGAGGAUUGAAGGAACCCAUCCAGGACAAGCUUGAAUUGAAUUCCCUAAAUCGGCAGCUCCGCUCUGCGCCGCAACGUCACCAUUUCAACGACUCUGCCUCCUCGGAUAAUAGGGGACAAGGGCCCAAUCAGAGCAGCAAUUCCAAGGUUCCUCCUAAGGAUUCGACACAAGUGCAACUUCUGGAAGGGGAGUCGAAACAUCUUACCCCCACGGCCGAAGCCGAGGAUGAUGAAGAUUAUGAGGAAGUAGCUGGGGAUGAAGGGGAGCCGGUUGUGUGUGUGCUCCAGAAAUUGCUUCUUGCACCUAAUCAGAACACCAAAACCCAACGCAACGCAAUCUUCAAAUCAAAGUGUACAAUCAAGGAGAAGGUAUGCGACCUACUGAUUGACAAUGGAUGUACAGAGAACAUUGUUUCUAAGGCUUUGGUCAAUGCGUUGCAACUCAAAACUACAAAAAACCCAAAUCCUUAUAGGAUUAGUUGGGUUAAAAAGGUCAUCGAUAUACAAGUAUCAGAGAUGUAUCGGGUAAAUUUCUCCAUUGGAAAACAUUACAACAGUGAAGUACUUUGUGACGUUCUUGACAUGGACGUGUGCCAUUUAAUCUUGGGAAGACCUUGGCAGUUCGACACUGGUGUGGUUUAUGACGGGCGCGCUAAUGCAUAUGCCUUUGAAUGGAAGGGGCGAAAACUCAAAUUGCUGCCUACUACACAUCGCCCAGCUAAUGAAGAUGGAGACCGAAAACCAGCUAUAUGCAUUGUUUCGGGAAAUUCUCUCCUAAAGUCUGGCCGAGAAGUGAAGGCUGUUCUGGCAGUUGUCGUGGCCGAGGAAAAUCAGAAUGCCACCAUGGUGGAACAUAAGCAAUUGCAGAGCAUAGUGGAUGAUUUAUUGGAAAAACAGCUGAUUCAACCGAGCCUGAGCCCGUGCGCAGUACCAGUCUUGUUGGUUCCAAAGAAAGACGGAUCGUGGAGAAUGUGUAUUGAUAGCAGAGCUAUCAAUAAAAUCACCUUGAAGUAUCGAUUUCCAGUACCAAGGCGUGAAGACAUGCUAGACUACUUGGCAGGAGCGACGGUAUUUUCAAAGCUUGACUUGCGAAGCGGGUACCACCAAAUCCGCAUUCUACUUGGCGACGAGUGGAAGACUGCUUUUAAAACUCGCAACGGCUUAUUUGAAUGGCGUGUCAUGCCAUUUGGGUUGUGCAAUGCAAUGGCCACAUUCUUGAGACUGAUGUCCGAGGUCCUAAAAUCGCUCUUGGGGAAGUGUUGCGUCGUCUACUUCGACGAUAUACUUGUGUUCAGCUCGUCCAUGGAUGAACAUUGGAAUGAUUUAAAGGCUGCCCUUGAGUUGCUGCGUCAGCACAAGUUGUACCUGAAUAAGGCAAAGUGUGAGUUUGCCACUUCCACAGUGCAUUUCCUUGGCUACAUAGUGUCGGCGGAUGGCUUGGGUAUGGAUCCGAAUAAAAUAAGUGCCAUUCAACAGUGGCAACGACCCAGUACCUUAACUGAGGUCCGCAGUUUCCAUGGUUUAGCAAACUUCUACAGAAGGUUUAUUCGCGGGUUUAGCAUAAUUAUGGCACCGAUCACAGAUUAUUUGAAGGCUAGUUCGUUCAAGUGGGGAGUAGAGCAACAACAGAGCUUUGAUACCCUCAAAGCGGCACUCACAGAAGCCCCCGUCCUAGCAGCUCCUAAUUUUAGCAAGCCUUUUCAUGUAGAUACCGACGCUUCAGCGGUGGGAAUUGGCGCAGUUCUGUCUCAAGAGGGACGGCCCGUAGAGUUCUUUAGCGAGAAGCUAAGUUUAGCCCGACAAAAGUGGUCGGCAUACGAACAAGAGCUAUACGCGGUAAUUUGGGCGCUUAAGCAAUGGGAGCAUUAUCUGUUACAUAGUGAUUUCAUUUUGUGUGGUGACAAUCAAGCACUUCAAUACUUAAAUACACAAAAAAGUAUCAACAAGAUGCAAGCCCGAUGGAUCGUUUUUCUACAAAAAUUUAGCUUUGUGCUUAUGCAUAAAUCUGGGAAACAAAAUAGAGUUGCGGAUGCUCUUAGCCGCCGAUCUGCUCUUCUCGUCCAGCUCCAGACGGAGGUCACCGGACUAGAAUCGCUCAUAGAUUUGUACCCCAUAGACUGA